AAUAACCCCUGCCGUAUAUGCUCACGUGAUCUGACUGGACCAUGACGUCGCCGCCUUUCCCUUUGCAGCGUUGGUGUUCGGUUCCAAACCGUCCGGAUCGUUCGUUUCGAUAUCGCCGUUUUUUCUUCACGCUUUCCCUCCGGUCUUUGUGUGUGUUGACUUUUCAUUCUUGUUGCAAUUGACUGAGCAUGACGCUGUAAGGGCUUGUUCGAUCUGUACGGUAUUCAACGUUUGUCACCUUGUGCGCCCUUUCGCUCUCUAGCUCACCAUGAGCGCGGUGCUCCGGUGUCGUCCGGAUGGACCCGCGCUGAAGAGGGUUGGACUACUCUCAAAUCGAUCUCUUACCUCGAGGACUCCUGUGUCUGCUGGAAUCGCUGCCCGCCGAACACUACAUAGUUCUCAUCGGAGACCGGAACUGUCCCAAUGCUUGGCGCGAUGUCAAUCCCCAAAUACUGCGUCAUUAGUGCGGUUCAAAUCCGAAACCGCCAAACCACCCCAAGCAGUGGGCCGGUCUUCCGCCCUCAGCUUCCUCUAUAAGGGAUUCGCGUACUGCGGAUUCUUCAUAUUUUCGAGUGGCGCGGCAGUAAUAGCAUUCUUCGUCUAUGAUGCAACUACAUACCGCGAGGAGCCUAGCGCAGAGGACAUCCCGGUAUCGGAAUUGGCGCUGAACCCACCGCGUGGAGGACCGAAGAACUUGCCUAUCGCGGAGGUGCUUAUCGGGGAACAUGAUUCGGAGGGCAUGGUCGGAGCGCGGGAUAAGCCUAGACUGGUGAUUUUGGGAACGGGUUGGGGGAGUGUUGCUCUCCUCAAGCACAUUACACCAGGUGACUACCAUGUCACGGUGGUGUCGCCUACCAACUACUUCCUCUUUACUCCUAUGCUACCGUCUGCGACUGUUGGAACACUUGGUUUGAGGUCACUGGUUGAGCCUGUGCGGCGGAUCAUUCAGCGGGUUCAUGGGCACUUCCUCAAAGCUGAGGCAAUAGAUGUUGAGUUCUCGGAGAAACUGGUUGAGGUGUCUCGGGUAGAUACCAAUGGCACCAAGCACAACUUCUAUCUCCCAUACGACAAGCUUGUGGUCGGUGUUGGCUGCAAAACAAACCCGCAUGGCGUUAAGGGACUCGAAAACUGCAACUUCUUGAAGACGAUCGACGAUGCCCGGCAAAUAAAGAACCAAGUUUUGGAGAACAUGGAAUUGGCAUGCUUACCCACCACUAGUGAUGAGGAGCGUAGACGACUGCUAUCCUUCGUUAUCUGCGGUGGAGGACCGACUGGUGUCGAGUUUGCCGCUGAGCUUUUCGACUUGCUUAACGAGGACCUGCUUUACUCUUUCCCCAAGAUUCUGAGGAACGAGAUUUCUGUUCACAUAGUUCAAAGUCGGAGUCAUAUCCUGAACACAUACGAUGAAGCCCUCUCCAAGUUUGCUGAAGCUCGUUUCGACCGCGAUGGUGUUGAUGUCUUGACCAAUGCUCGGGUAAAGGAAAUCCAGGAAGACAAGGUUCUCUUUACGCAAGUGGAAGACGGGAAGAAGGUCCUCAAGGAGAUCCCUAUGGGCUUUUGCUUAUGGUCGACUGGCGUCUCGCGGAGCGACCUUUGCAAGACACUUUCCGACAAAUUGGAUGGGCAAAACAACAAGCACGCCUUGGUUACAGACUCCCACCUGCGUGUUCUCGGAUCUCCCCUGGGCGACAUCUACGCUAUCGGUGACUGCUCCACUGUUCAAAACAACGUAGCCGACCACGUCGUCUCCUUCCUCCGCACAAUCGCCUGGCAGAAGGGCAAAGACCCCCAGAAACUCCACCUCACCUUCAGAGAAUGGCGCGAAGUUGCCAACCGCGUCAAGAAGCGCUUCCCUCAAGCCUCCUCCCACCUUCGCCGUCUCGACAAACUCUUCGAACAAUACGACAAAGACCAAUCCGGCACCCUCGACUUCGGCGAACUCUCCGAACUCCUCCACCAAAUCGACACAAAACUAACCUCUCUCCCCGCAACCGCCCAGCGCGCAAACCAACAGGGUGAAUACCUAGGCCACAAACUGUCCAAGAUCGCCGCGGCGCUGCCGGGCCUGCGGGCUAACGAGAUUGACUACGGUGACCUUGACGAUGCUGUCUACAAGGCGUUCAACUACAGACACCUGGGUAGUCUGGCAUAUAUCAGUAACGCUGCUAUCUUCGACUUUGGGGGGUUGAACUUUGGAGGUGGUGUGCUGGCUAUGUAUCUCUGGCGGAGUGUUUACUUUGCGCAGAGUGUUAGCUUUAGAACGAGGUGUAUGCUCGCUAUGGAUUGGGCUAAGAGGGCGUUGUUUGGACGAGACCUCAUGAGCUUCUAAUCCGACCCAGAAUCCGUCACCCUUGAUACCAUGCUGGAUUCUACCAAAAACAUUUACAUUUACAUAUCUGACGAUUGGAUAUUCAAUUGGAUCUCCCUCACUUUCUCUUUCAUCUGUUUCUUUCAUUUUGUUCCGCGUUAUAGACCAAUUCAUACCAUACUAUUAUACCACAUCUUGCUUGUUGCUUGUUGGAUAUAUAUUUCGGUGUCGUUGCAUUGCUACAUUGCCGAGGUCUUCUGCUUCUAUAUUGUGUAUAUCUAUUUCGCCAGUUGAAUUAAAAGCGUCAUGCAUGGUAUAAAGGUGUUCAUGGUAUGCAAUGUCUACAUAUUAUGGUUUUGACUGGGAUGUUGUAUUUAGCAGGGUUGGUCCUCGAUCCUGGUUCGACAAGCCACAUGGAGAAAAUUUACCCUUGAUCAUGAUACGGAGUGGAA